AUGGAGCAGGAGAUAGUUGGACAGAGCGCCGACUCAGGCGACAACGCGCCAGUAGACACGGCGCAGGCCGACACCGCUGCCGGCGAUGCGAGGGCCCCGGCCGGUCGUUUGGGCUGGCGAUCGCGCUGCAGAGAGAUGCAGGGCGUGUCACGGCGCAGAAAGGCCGACAGGAAUGGCGCUGCCGGUGACCAACCCAGGGAGCGAGUGGCCUACUCCGACGAGAUAGCCAACAACCCCGAAUUCGAACGAUACUAUCAAGACCAGCGCAUCUGCCCACCUGAGGAGUGGGAAGAUUUCAUGGCCGCCUGCAGAAGGUCGAUCCCGAUAUCGUUCAGGAUAAACACAUCUGCCCACCUCUGGCGGCACACGAUCCGUAGGCUGGCAGCACUGAGUCACGCAAACGACGACAUCUGCUUGUCAGUCGGGUUGUCAUACACCCCUGACGUGCCAAAACUGGAGCCGGGAACAUCGCUGUGUUACCAGCUCAAGCCGGACAAGUCGUCGCUGCGCAAGAAUGACAAGGUCAUAGAGUUCCGCCGGUGCCUGAUUGACGAGGACAACCGCGGCGCGGUGAUGCGCCAGGAACUUGUCAGCAUGCUCCCGGUCAUCUACCUGGAUCCUCAGCCGCACGAGAAUAUCGUCGACCUUUGCGCUGCACCCGGGAUGAAGUUCCUGCAAAUUCUGGACACCGUGAACACCGCACUGCAGUACCGCGACGGGCAGCCACCGUGCUCCAAUCGCGGCGUCAUCAUCGGCAACGAUGUGUGCCAGCAUCGGGUGUCCACUCUGAGUCAUCACAUGAAAUCUGUCAGCUGCCCCUCUGCAGCGGUGACCAACUUUGAUGCUUCGCGCUUCCCCUAUUUGUUCAGUACAAGCGGUGAGAAGCUGCUGUUCGACCGGGUGCUUGCGGAUGUGCCAUGCAGCUGUGACGGCACGACCCGCAAGGCACCUGAGCUCUGGAGCUCGUGGAAACCGACCUCGGGGCUGCAUAUGCACCGGCUGCAAUUGACGAUCGUAAAGCGGGCGUUGCAGCUACUCAAGCCUGGCGGAGUCAUGGUUUACUCGACGUGUUCACUGAAUCCACUGGAGAACGAGGCCAUUGCCAGCUACGUGGCAUCGGAGGGACGCCGUGAACACGGCGUCGAGUUGUUGCCUCUGCAACCACUUCCUAAUUUCAAAGUGUCACCAGGUCUGACCGAGUGGCUGGUGCCAAACCCUGACGGAGGAUACUUCAAGUCGUACGAGGAGGUCCCAGCGCCACUGAGUCACCGGGUGUCUGCUAGCAUGUUCAGGUCACCCGAGUGGGGAGAGGAGCAAGCUAGGUGUGUGAUGCGCGUUUUGCCGCAUCAAAACGAUACCGGAGGCUUCUUCCUCUUCAAGGUGCGCAAAAUGGGCAGCGCUAUGCCAGCAGAUCAGGGGGAGCGUCCACAGGAGAUCAGGCCCAUCAACGUCGCAAUGCCGCAACCACGGCCGUCAGUCUCUCUCAAGCGCGGAGCGAAACUGCUCCACGAUUAUAUUCGGUACUGCGAUGUCUUUCCCGAUAUGUUCGACACCAUCUGCCGCUUUUACGGCAUCGAGGGGGAUAAUCGCAAGGCGUUUCGGCGUGUCCUGGUCACCAAGCGUCACUGCCAAAAAAAUUGCUUCCUCGUUGGAGCUGUGGACUCAGCUGCCCUAUUCCAGAGGCGGAAAAGCCAGAAAUCGCAGCCGCGUGAUGGCGCCAGCAGCACGCGCGCGGGAUCGCCAAUCGCCGACGGUGAACCACAGGAUGUUCAGGAGGACAAUGAGGACCAACCUGAGGAAUCGGAUGUCGUAAAAGACGAACAUAAGCAACACCCAGACACCAAGAGUGAAGGUGUAUCGGAUUCGGUUGACAGUGCGGAAGAUGCCGCUCAGGCUUCAACGAACUCGGAUAACAAGUGCUGGGAACCGUGCCGAUACGCCCAGCUGGGUACGCGCGUCCUCUCCAAGAUGACGUCAAAAGCAACGUCGGACUCUCCAUGUGAGAUGCGGAUAUCGCAGGAGGGCAGUUUGGCCCUGCUACAGUUUAUAAGCAGGCGUGUGGUGUUCGCGAAUGCUGCCUUUUGCGCCGAUUUCAAGGAAAGCAUGCCGGUCCAGGAGCUGCUGAAGCACGAACAGCUCGGCAACAUACAAGGCCUGGACUCCUGUCGACAGUCCGGAAAGCUGGAGAGUGGAGGGUGCGUUGUGAUCGUUGUGCCCACUUGGGGCCGGUGCCGCAUCCCGGCCAGUGGGGUUUCAGUUACGCUGGCUGACGGGAUCGUCGUCAGUCACGACAACACGCUGCAGCCAGAGGUGCCAGACAUGGACGCCCGACCCAUCGCUGCGUCGGUUCCGGACAUUAUGGACGUCAUUCCGGUAUCGUGCAUAAUCUCCGACAUGGGCACGCUGCUCGCGUAUGCCUCGCCGCAGAUCAUUAAACUGCUGCAGUCAGUCACCACUUAA